UGGCUGUCAGGAAACUAUCGUGAAAAUUUUAAGUUAUAGACUUAUAAUGGCCGGGAAAUCCGAAUGUGAUCAUUACAUAMGAAGAUGUGCAUUAAAGGGUCCUUGCUGUGGUAAGAUAUAUGUCUGUCGGUUUUGCCAUGAUAAUCAAGAAAAUCAUGCUCUAGACAGGAAAGCUGUCCAAACACUAAAGUGUCUACAGUGUGAGAAAGAACAAGAUGUAUCAASCUCUUGUAUGAACUGCGGAAUACAUUUUGGGUUGUACUCAUGUCUGAAGUGUCGRCUUUUUGAUGAUAAAGAACGAGGUCAAUUUCAUUGUGACGAAUGUGGAAUAUGCAGGGUUGGUGGCCGRGAAAACUUCUUUCAUUGCUCUGCMUGUGCUAUAUGUCUUGGAAUAGCACAGAAAGACUCACACAAGUGUAUUAAUGAAGGAGCCAAGAAUAAUUGUCCAGUAUGUAUGGAGGACAUUCAUGCAUCAAGAAUACCAAGUCAGAUUGCACCUUGCGGUCACUUUUUACAUAAUACUUGUUUUCGAAUGCUUGUAGAACAUGGGAAUUAUUCUUGUCCUCUGUGUAACCGAUCAAUAACAGACAUGUCAUCAAUAUGGAGACAACUAGACCUAGAAAUUGCACGGACACAAAUGCCUGAUGAUUACAAGAAUGUUACAGUUGAGAUUAAAUGUCGGGAUUGUCAAAAGGACAGCAAGGUUAAGUUUCAUAUUAUGGGACAUAAAUGCCAACAUUGUGGCUCCUACAAUACAUCACAGGAAAAGAUAGAAGGGCUACCAGAAGUCUCCAUACCCAAUGAAAAUAUAAACAAUGCGCCUAAUCCUAAUAAUGGUGAUGAUGGUGAGGCGGCUAAUCCUAACGACAUUGAUGAUGCCGCUAAUCUUGACGACAUUGAUGACGAUGAUCAAUGGRUUACUGAGGAAGAAGAAGAAGUAAAUGAAGAAGAAGGAGGAACAGAUAAUGAAGUUAACAGAGACAAUAAUUUAGAGGAAAAUAAUGAUGAUACAAUUGACAUUGAAAGUCUUUCUUUAGAUUGAUGGAUUGCUAGAAGAAGCAAAUGACUUUAUGAUA